CAGCCUGGCAACCCUCCUCCAGUCAGAAUCUCAUUGCAGAGCGUGCCAGUUGUUGCUGCUGGAAGUUACACACUGAAGCGUUAGCGUCUUUUGCACUUAACAGUAGCAUAACUGCAAGCUAAUCAUGGCAGGCAAGAGGGCGUUAGUGAUCCUGUCUAAAGGUGCAGAGGAGAUGGAAACUGUUAUUCCUGUGGACAUCAUGCGUAGAGCUGGGAUUGCAGUGACAGUUGCAGGAUUGACUGGUAAAGAGCCAGUACAGUGCAGCAGAAACGUUGUCAUCUGUCCUGAUGCUAGCCUGGAGGAGGCCAGCGCACAGGGCCCAUACGAUGUGGUGCUUCUGCCAGGAGGAAUGCCAGGGGCCCAGAAUCUGGCAGAGUCUCCUGCUGUGAAGGAGGUGCUGAAGGAUCAAGAUGGCAGAAAAGGCCUCAUUGCAGCCAUCUGUGCAGGUCCCACUGCUCUUCUGGCACAUGGCAUUGGGUACGGCAGCACAGUCACUACACAUCCUGCCAUGAAGGAGAAGAUGAUGGCUGGAGACCACUAUAAAUAUUCAGAGGCUCGAGUACAGAAGGAUGGACAUUACAUCACCAGCCGUGGGCCAGGAACCAGUUUCGAGUUUGCCCUGACGAUUGUAGAGGAACUUAUGGGGGCUGAGGUUGCAGCUCAAGUCAAGGCUCCUCUCGUUAUGAAAGACUGACUGUAGCCGUGUUCACUUACAUCCUGCAAGCAGCACCUCCCUCUAUACAAGACUUGCACUACUGAGACAGCUAAUCCAAUGUAGCUGGCACAAAGGGUCAAAGUCAAGUGACAAAUCAUUCUCCCCAGGGGGGGACAUACCGUAAAGAUGUUUCUGUUCUGACAGGUUAUUGUCUUCCUUGGUUGACUACGAAUGGCACCCAUUUGUUUUUUAACAAAGAAACAAAAUAUGGACCCACAGGCUUUCCAAAUUAAAUUAAAUUUAUUUUGUCACAUUGUAGUUUUUCCACAAGUUGCUCAUUGUUUUUGACAGCUUUUAUUGUUUCACUUGACAUUAAAUAUUAAUGGGAUAAAACGGU